GAGCUGCGCCGAAGCGCUUUUCUCGCCCGCGCGGACGCCGCUUGCUAGCAGUGCCUUGCAGAGCCCGUCGCUGCUGCUGCUCUUGCCCCUCCGUUUGCUGCUCCUCAGCCGCCAUGGCCGUCUGGAGCGGGUCCGACUCGUGCAGCUCGGUCCGGCCCAGCUUGACCUCGGUCUCGUCGGGGGAGCUGCAGAGCCUGCGGACGUGCAACUGCGAGAUGGCUGUGCUGCCUCUGCAACAGCUGGCGCUGCUGCAGCCGGAGUCCUUCCAGCUGUCGGGGGGCGCCUUGACCGUGCGGAGCCCGCCGAGCCGGCGGCUGGGAGGCGGCUUCACGGUGAUCAGCGACGGCUCCGUCCACGUGGACGGGCAGUACCAUUGCAAGCUCACCGACUACUUCAAGAGAUACGUAGAACUCAACACCCACUAUGACUAUAAAAACUACAGAGAGACUAUACUGGGUCGCCCAUUGGUAUUCUUCUUCAACAUCAGAACAAAAUAUAAUUCUUCAAAAGAAAAAACAUAUGCUUUGCUUGUGAACACCCGCCACCCGAAGAUGAGAAGACAGAUUGAGAAUGGAAUGAACAAUAUAAUAUCUUCUGUGAUUGGAGAAAGUUACAAACUUCAGUUUGAUUUCCAAGAUGUUGUAAAGAAUUUUUUCCCUCCUGGAGCCCAUUUGGUCAAUAAAGAGAGCCUGAGUUUUUCCUACGAGUUCAAAUGCGACGCCUUAUUUGACUUCUUUUAUUGGUUUGGAAUCAGCAAACGGACAGUUAUGGUGAAUGGGAAAGUUCUGAAUUUGUCCAGUACCAAUCCACAGAAGAAAGAGAUGAUAACAAAGUUUCUGGAUAAAAUGAGUGAACCAAACAUGCGGUCAAACAGCUUUUCAGACAGAAAGUUUAGUGUUACAUCCAGGGCUUCAGUAGAUGAUGUGUUUAAUGGCAACCUCACACCACAAUCACCUUGGAUGGAGUCGCCUUUUGUAGUUUGGACACUUCCAGGGGCUCAGGAAUCGGAAGAAGGAUCAAAUACAUUAAUCAGGUUUUCAUGAAGGAAGAAAUCCACCAAAGUGGAAUUGUCUUAAUUACAGAAUGAAAGAAGUUAUUGAAAGAAGACUUCUGUUUUCAUUUGCAUUUUGCCCAGAAGAAUAGGGAACUCUUUCAUUCCUGCUGAGUUUGUUGGUUCAGGAAAAGCCACUUUUGGUUCUUAAAAUAGUACUUGCCAAGUUUGUCUUUCAACAUUAUGAGCUUUCUGGAGGAUAGGGUUUUCUUGUUAAUGCAGUCAGAAUGCAUAUAGCUAGAGUCAUUUCAGUGAUUUUAAAUCUAGAUUAUUCAAGUGGUUUUAAAUUACAAGUUUUUUAAACGCCACUAAAAUCCUGUGUAGUAUGUUACUAGCUUCAUUAUUGCUCUAGCUUAGCACUGUUUUCAGUGGAAAAAAUUAAUGGGAUACAGAACGGCUUUUGAGGCUCAUAAAAUGCAGCUACACUUCCUGCAGUUUUAAAAAAAUGGCUAAUGGUGACCUUAAAGAACUAGCAGAGGGAAUACUUGAACCCAAAAGCUUUUAGAUGAUGAUCAAAAGUCAAUGGGCGCCCAGAUUUGUAGUUCUGUUCUGGCUUGGAAAGAUGAAACACCUUAGAUAAAUCUGACUGCAAUUUGGAAUGCUUGAGAGACUAUUCUCAGCUCCAUUACACGCUUCUUAUAUCUCCCCAAGUCAAAAUAGCUUAUUUUGUCCUUCAUCUUCCCGUAGGCCAAAAGGAGAGCUAAUCUACACCAUAAACUGUUCAUUUCUUUUCUUCCAAAGCACUUAAAGGAAUCCACUGGGAAAAUCUGGCACUAUGUUUUUUAAAUUACUUUUUUUUUCUUGCAUUCCCUCAAGUAAUGAUCUCGGAAGUCUCUGAAGUUCUGAUGCAGCCUCUGUAAAAUGCCAUAUUCCUUUGAUACUGCUAUUUUGUAUUAAAUGCUACAUUUUAACACUAGCAUGCCAAUCACGGUAGGUUUUAAAGGUUGUGCUUUUUCAAAACGCUGCAUCAGUUCUGAAGAUAAAUGCAUUACCGGUUUUUUUAAGUAACUUGUAAGAAAAUCGUCACACGUGGAGACAGAUGGAAUGUGCAUUGCUUUCUACAUUAAAGCCUAGUUCAGUCAUUUAACCUGCAGGAUAAUGUAUCUUCUACUCAAUCUUUAACUUGCCUUCAUAACAUACUUUAAACAGAUGACAUAGCAGCAGGGUUUUCUUCUCGGGAGCUUCACCAGUUGCUGUAAAUGGAGCACAACUGUUCUUAACUUUUCUGCAACCCCACUGUUGAUGGCAAAAGCCAUUUUACACAAACAGUGAAUCACUGUACAUCAGAGAAACAUGUAAGUUUUCAGCCAUAGCAAGCAAACAUUGGGCCACCAUCUCCACAUAAUUCCGUAUCAUGCAAAGACCAUAUCAACCACACCUUCAAUUUCUCAUUUGGUUCUAUAUAUUCAAUACCACAUGGGCGCGUUUACUGUCAAGGUGGCAUAGGAUUGCCUGACUGAGAAUCUCCAGAUUUGCUCUUCACUUGUAUUUGAAGAUUUUACUGAUGUGGGAAUGCAUAUUGUUCCUGAAGGUUUUUCAAAAAAAACAAAAAACCCACAAACAAACUGAAAAUCGGACCAAAUAGCACUUGGCUAGAGUUUCAAGGUCCGAUAACUUACCCAAGAGCUUAACUGUCCCUUUCCUUCUGAGGAAGACUCUCUUAUUUACCUUCUGUAGAUGGGGCAUCACACUACACCCAGAGCAGUGGCUUCAUAGUAAUAUGGGUGACCUGCACUGGGAUAUAGAUUAGGGAAAAUGUCUGUUCCCUUCAGACACUAAUGGAACUAGGAACUAAUGAAUAUAAUAUAGGACAUGUAGACUCUCCCUUGGAGGUUAAUGACCUUAGACUGAGGACUGUUUAUUGUGAGGCAUCCCAUAGUAAAGCAGGCUACUUUUUAAGAACGGUGUACUUUUCAUCUUUCAAUCAGCAGUGGACAACAUGACAGUGUUAGGUCUUUCUCUGGUGAAUAUUUUACCUCCUCCCCCACUCCAUAGCAUGAUAUUUGAAAACCAUUUUUAUAUUGCUAAAGUGUAAUGUCUUCCAACAAUGGAAAUGCUGUCUGUGUAUGCUGACUGAUUUAAACUGGUACUGUAUGGGACUUCAAUAACUAUCGUUUUUGGCUUGUUUGCUUGGAAAAAGGAAUCCUAUGAAUGAGUUCUGCCCCCCCAAAAAGCAGGCUUUUGUUGUUAUCAUAUUGAAUCUGCACACCAAAAAGUGUGUUUUCAGUGAUUGCCUAUUCAGUGCCUUUGUAUACUUUCCAUUUACAAUAAAGGGAGAUUUUUAAA